ACAGCAAACAGUAUUAUAUGAAACGUCGAACCGAAAUAAUCACGCAUCUAACACAGCAUAUUUCCUUCUCCAUAAAGCAAAAUAGUCAAUAACUAAAUAGUUUUAUUUGUACUCCUAUUACAUAAUUUGACAAAUAAGAUCAAUUAUCUUCCAUCAAGACGGUUAAAUAAAAAUUUAGGAAUUUCAUAAAUAAACGCUCACCUGAAGCGAUAGAUAAGUCAGUUUUGACAGUGAAGUUGGAGAAAACCUUACAGAAAGUACGAGUUCUAAGUCUUAGUGAUGUGUCCCAUAAAGUAUAUUACUCUCGAAGAAGAACUAAAGAAAAAUCCAGAACUAAAGUUGUCAGAUAUACAGAUUCUAAGAGAAUGGUGCGAAAAACAACCUCAUCUGCCGAAAAUCGAAGACGUAGAGCUUGCCAUAUUUUUAUACCUUAGUUACUAUUACAUAGAGUCGACGAAGAAUACGAUCGAGAAUUAUUACACUUAUAGAACUCACGCGCCGGAAUUAUUCUCUAACAGAGAUAUAUUGAAAGUGAAACAAUUGCGAGAUAGUUUUGAAGUCAUGCCUCACAUUAUACUAGAGAGUACAACAAAGGAGGGAUACCAUAUAAUGGCAACAAAACUUAUUGAUACAAAUACUUCGCAUUACUUUUUCAAUGACAUAUUUAAUAUGAUUUUAAUGACGCUCGACGAAUUUUUGUGGACUUACGGUUCGGUAGUGGGGCUUAUCUACGUCUGCGAUGGUGCGGACAUCACAAUGGGACACGUGGGACGUUUCAACAUAACAACAAUAAAGAAACUUGUAUACUAUACUCAAGAUGUCAUACUGCAGCGUAUUAAAGGAAUCCAUCUAAUAAAUAUGUCACAGGCGACAAUAAUAUUAUAUAAUAUGAUGAAACCUUUCUUCAAUGAUAAAUUGUCACGUCUGUUUCACAUCCACUCGACAUUAGAAACCGUGAGCGAAUAUCUCCCGAUCGAAGCGUUACCUAAUGAACUUGGUGGAAAAGCAGGUGCCAUACGAGAAUUACAAGAUGUACAUUUAAAAAAGAUGGAGAACUUACGUGAAUUUUUUUUGGAGGACGAGAAGUGUAAACGGGUAAACGAAUCGCUGCGGAUCGGAAAAUGCAAGACAUCUAGUGAUCUGUUUGGUGUAGACGGUAGUUUCAAAAAGUUAGAUUUCGACUGAGUCAAUUUUACAAUAUAUAUCGUGUAGAGUUAAACAAUAAUGAAUUCAAAGAAGAAAGUUUUUGGAAAUAUUUCAGAUCACUUUCUUUUAAAGUAAUUUUUCUUAUAGAACAUGUUAUAGAAACUUAUAAAUAUUCAAAAUGAACGCAUACUUGCUACAUCGGUUGUUGUAACUAUUAUAAAUAAUUAUAAAAGCUAAUAUGUAAUCUACACGGAAAAAAAGGUUUAGUUGAAUUAACUAAAUAUCUGGUCGAAUAUGAAUGAUCCAGAAAUUCCGAUUGAAAUAACCCGAAUUCUGUUUAAGUUAACAAGAUUUUUGGUUGACUUAAACAGAAUUCGGGUUACUUCAAUCGGAAUUUCUGGAUCGUCCAUAUUCGACCAGAUAUUUGGUUAAUUCAACCAAAACUUUUUUCCGUGUAGCAUGUAAUCAAAUAUGUAAGCUAAUAUGUAAUUAUUAUAAAUAUUUAGUCAUUUUUUUGGCGAAACAUUACUUAACAGUGUUUCUCGCGCCAAUUAAUGUAUAUCAAGCCUAGACAAGUCGCUAUAGGUCGGCAAAAGCAAAACAUCUAGUGAUCUGUUUGGUGCAGACGGUAGUUUCAAAAAGUUUGAUUUCGACUGAGUCAAUUUUACAAUAUAUAUAUAUAUAUAUAUAUAUAUAUAUAUGUGUGUGUGUGUGUGUGUGUGUGUGUGUGUUGUGUAAAGUUAAACAA